CACCGGAAGCAGUGAUGCCUGAUCCUGUCUGCCUUGUCGCUGGCACCCCAAAUCGCCUUAUGGUUGUUAAGACUUCAACGGUUUCUCCUGUAUCUGCGGGAAUUUCUGUCUGCAGAGGUGUUCAGAGAUAAGAAAACAGAGUCAGCGCGGGGUUCUCAUCGUGGAUAUCGUGUUAAAUCUGAAGACAAGAGGCCUUUCUUUCUAUUUCUGGAGCUACUUCGUCCCCCCGGUCCUGUGUCUCUGGUGUCGUCGCCGUCCUGUGACGGAUUCACCCUCUCAUCUGUCGGGUGCAAGGAGGAGAGGACGCAAAGAUGCCGAAACCGAUCAACGUCCGAGUGACCACCAUGGAUGCAGAGCUGGAGUUUGCCAUCCAACCAAACACCACAGGGAAACAGCUCUUUGACCAGGUGGUGAAGACGGUGGGACUGAGGGAGGUCUGGUUCUUCGGUCUGCAGUACAUCGACAGUAAAGGCUACAUCACCUGGCUCAAACUCAACAAGAAGGUGACUCAGCAGGAUGUGAAGAAAGAGAACCCUCUGCAGUUCAAGUUCAGAGCCAAGUUCUUCCCUGAGGACGUUUCAGAGGAACUAAUCCAGGAGAUCACACAGAGACUCUUCUUCCUGCAGGUGAAAGAGGCCAUUCUGAACGACGAGAACUACUGUCCUCCAGAGACGGCUGUGCUGUUAGCGUCGUACGCCGUCCAGACGAGGUAUGGAGACUACAGCAAAGACGUCCACAAGCCUGGCUACCUGACCCACGACAGACUGCUGCCUCAAAGAGUCCUGGAGCAGCACAAACUGACCAAGGAGCAGUGGGAGGACCGGAUACAGACCUGGCAUGAAGAACACAGAGGAAUGCUCAGAGAGGACUCCAUGAUGGAGUAUCUGAAGAUCGCUCAGGACCUGGAGAUGUACGGAGUCAACUACUUUGAGAUCAAGAACAAGAAGGGCACGCAGCUGUGGCUGGGCGUGGACGCACUCGGCCUCAACAUCUACGAACACGAAGACAAGCUGACACCAAAGAUCGGCUUCCCCUGGAGUGAAAUCCGAAACAUUUCCUUCAACGACAAAAAGUUUGUCAUCAAACCGAUCGACAAGAAAGCGCCGGUGAGGGACUUUGUGUUUUACGCCCCACGACUGCGCAUCAACAAGCGGAUCUUGGCGUUGUGUAUGGGGAACCACGAGUUGUACAUGAGGAGGAGGAAGCCCGAUACCAUCGAGGUGCAGCAGAUGAAGGCUCAGGCGCGGGAGGAGAAGAACCACAAACAGAUGGAGAGGGCUCAGCUGGAGAACGAGAAGAAGAAGCGCGAGUACGCAGAGAAAGAGAAGGAGAGGAUAGAGCAUGAGAAAGAGGAGCUCAUGGAGAGGCUGAGGCAGAUUGAAGAGCAGACGAUGAGAGCUCAGAAAGAGCUGGAAGAGCAGACCCGCAAGGCUCUGGAGCUGGAGCAGGAGAGGAAGCGGGCGAGAGAGGAGGCAGAGAGGCUGGAGAGAGAUCGGCAUGCGGCAGAGGAGGCGAAGGCAGAGCUGGCCAGGCAGGCUGAAGACCAGCAGAAGAACCAGGAGCAACUGGCUUCAGAACUGGCUGAAUUCACAGCUAAGAUCGCCCUGCUGGAGGACGCCAAGAGAAAGAAAGAUGAGGAAGCCACAGAAUGGCAGCACAAGGCUCUAUCCGCCCAGGACGACCUGGAGAAGACCAAGGAGGAGCUGAAGACCGCCAUGACGGUGGUGCCGGCUCCUCCGGACGGCAACUCCGAGAACGAGCACGACGAGCAGGACGAGAACCACGCCGAGGCCAGCGCCGAGCUCUCCAACGAGGGGGUCAGCCAGCUGGACCUCCGCAGCGAGGAGGCGCGCGUCACCGAGGCCCAGAAGAACGAGAGAGUCAAGAAGCAGCUGCAGACGUUAAGUUCAGAGUUGGCCGAGGCCCGAGACGAAACCAAGAAGACGCAGAACGACGUGCUGCACGCCGAGAACGUGAAAGCGGGUCGGGACAAAUACAAAACCCUGCGCCAGAUCCGACAGGGCAACACGAAGCAGCGCAUUGAUGAGUUCGAGUCCAUGUGAGGGCGGCACCUUUUUGUCCUCGGGGGGCGUCCCCGCUCACGAACUCUCCCCCUCAGUGGACGCUCGCUCUUCAUGGACAUCAGAGAAAUGAUCUUGUGACAAACUGCCAAAGUCCCCCGCCCAACAUUUCCACUCUGAAGUCUGAACGUUUCGGAUGUCUGCCUACACGCCACUCUGAACAAGAUCGUCUAUAAACAACCCUUACGAGAAACCAAAAUUGAAUCUUUUUAUUUUAAGCUAACUCGGCCAUAGAGAGCUACGUUUUUUUUCUUUGUUAUGCUUGAUGCAAAAGGUGUAGUAUGUUUCAGUUAACCUGUCCUUACUUGUGUUUUUAAGUUUCCUCCUGCUUUUUGUUUGACUUGUUUUAUCCAUGACGCCCUUCUUUUUAGUCGUCUGUCCAACAUGUAGUCCAAGGAUGUGAACAUAGACGAGAGCUCGGGGGGGAAAGUAGGUCAAUAUUUUCAUUUGGCGUCAAGCUUAUUAUGCUUUCAAUCGAUUAGAUCCAUUUAAACAGUGAAAACAUGACUCUGCAGUAUUCUAGUAGCUUCACGUCAGGCUCAGUUAAACGUCAAUAUUGGCAGUAUUUUGAAUGAAGCUGACCCGACUCGUCCCGCGGCAGGUUCUGAUGAAUGAAUGUAGUCCAGGUUACAAAAGGGAAAGUGUUUUUUUACAUGCAGAGGGGAUAGAGUAGCAGGAAGCUAUUGCCCUCCGGUGAGAAAGUGUUCAGAUAAGCUAAGUUGUGUAGCUGUGUGUGUGUGUUUGUGUGUUUCUGAUGCGUCCCAGUGUUUGACUCCCGGUCACCACAGAUGGUUUUCUCUGCCUGCCAGCUCACAGAGGAUCCCGCAGUGUUUCGUGGACAGACAGAGGAACAGAGACGUCGGCUGUUUGUCUGUCUGUCUAAACAUUUGUGUGUGUGUGUAGCGUGAAAGAUGGAGUGUAUGCACGCGUGUGUGUGGAACCUCUCUGACUGGGGAGCUUAUGAAAACAUCAGUCCUCGCUCUCAGGACGAAUCUCUACCUCAGUAAUGUUCGCAGUGGUGACAGGAAGUCAAACACUCCCCCUCCUCCUGAAGGUCAAAAGGUUAUGUUACAUGGCUGCUGUUACAGAUGUGGGCAGAGCUUCUUUGCUGGCUUGCAUGUUGCUUAAGGAUUUUAAACUCUGCGCAUUAUGUCGACAUGUUACGGGGGUCAGCAGGGAGACUCAAAACGGGGUGUAAUGGCUUCAAAUGUAGACCUUUUAUUUUGAAGGGUAAGAUGAGGAAGUAGGUGUUAAAUUGUCUCUUUAAAGGGUCAAAGUAGGAGUUGCUGGUCUACUGUUACCCUGAUGUUAUGACGCCUAAUCGGAUUCGACGAGACCAGCAACUUCACUUGGAUGGCUUUUUAAGAGCCCACCUCUCUUCGAUGUUUCCACACUUAUAAAACCAACCCAAGCUCAUCAGAUUGCAGCCAUUACAUCCCCAUUUGGAUCUGUAGUUCCUUCCUGCUCAGACACUCCCAUUUAUUCUCAUCUUCAUCCUUACAAGUAGUUCCUAACAUGAAGGGACCUAGCUUGUGUAAAUCUCUCCAGCGUCCUCUGGAGGUCACGGCCAAUUUCUUCCCCUCAAUAUUAAAAAUCCAAACUCCCCUGUUUGUGCUCAGACGGCAACAUGACUCCAUCUUUUGUGGGAAUUAGCUCAUUUUUUGAACAGGUUUUCUUUUUUUAUUAACAAUAUGACGAGAAAAUGUUCCCGGUGUUGUUUUUACGUGACAGCUGGUGCAGGUUGAUAUUUUUUAAUAGACAAAGUUUUAAAGUUAAAGCACUUGUACGAGGCUGGACACUGAAGCCUGCCUUUUGUGUUUCCCUUCAGUGUCCGUGGUUUAGUGUCGUGUUUGCCAUAGUAGGUGGAGAAUGAACUGGUGCUUCCAGCCCAUAUUUUUGUAUUUUGUUCAGAGAGCCUGAACCAGCAGCAUGCAUCGCUAUAGUGGACCGGUUCACCAGAGGAGGAGGAAACUCUCACGUCCACGUCCGCUGUGCGUCUGUAGUGAUGCCUGCUCUGGCACCAGCUGUCACGUUUGGCCGUUUUUUUUUCUCCUUAUGUUCAUGUUUAGUAAUCUUUUCGAUAGAUGGCACAGAUGGAGUCCGUUUCAUUGGUUCACAAAUAAAAGUUUUAAAUUUUGA